AUGUCCUUUUCUGAUUUCUCUAAGGUCGAAACGAUCUCCGCCUUGAACGCCUUCUUGGCCGACAAGUCGUACGUCUCUGGGUAUGUAUAA